ACACUCACAACCAGAACCUGUCAGUCGCUAUCCGACCAGCAAUUGAACCGGACGUGUGCGAUACUCGAGAAUUACCCCUUCCUCUUUAUUUUGUUCUGCGAGGCAAAGCCUACUACGCGUUUCGCGCGAAGAACGUUGAUGCGUACGCGUCUAACCGGAAUCCAAGUGACCUGCGCGACACGAUACUGCUUCGAAGAAGGCCGUUCCAGGAAGUGCGCGCAGAAGGGCAAUCAAAGUAGGCGUGCAGCUACCUGUAGCAUGAAACUGUAAGAAGUGUGGUUGAUACAAAGCGAGACCCAUAGGUUAGGUAGUCGCUACCAGCAUAGAAUCCACGACUAGGCAAAAACUUGUUUUAUGCUAAUUGGGUCGCGCUCGUUGAUGAAUGAACCUGCAGUGUUGACGACGUCAAACUCCAGUGAGGCUUGCAGUUUUUGCCGAGGUUUACAAAGCAGCAGUCAGAGUGCAUCGGUCAGUCUACAAAGAGAAGAAAGAAAGCUGUGCUGAGCGAAGCGAAGCGGUCAUUUCAAGACUUGUAGGCAAUCGUCCGUUGGAUGCGUUGGUGAAAUCGUAGCAGGCAGUGACUUAACAGCGGUCAAUUAUAUAAAUCGAAGUAGCCAAAGUACAGCUUAAGGUGAAGACAGAAGAGAAGACUCAUCUGGUGUGCGCGUACGUGCUGUUGGAGGUGUGUUCAGCUGCUGAUAGCGCAGCACCCACAAGUUCAGCUGACAACGUCAUCGACGACGUGACGUGACGUUAUCGACAACUCUUGAUAAACUGCAGGCAGAAGAGAGUUCAGCGCGGGGUGUGUCAGCUCAGCCUGGAGACGGCCGACGACGACGGAGUUAUCACGAGCACUUGGCGAGUUGCUGCCGGUGAAUGAACACGCCGCUGCUGCCGGGUUGAUGCCACGAUUUUUUUUCCCCGAAAUUAAGUGAGAGGAACAUCAAGUGAUUGGGCGGAAGACAGGAAAAUCCUUACUCAGUGCUUUUUGAGUAUGAGCUUUUGUAGUUUGAAAGUACGAAAUAUCAUCGACGAAUUAUCCUGAAUAACAUAUCAAGUGAGAUAAACGCACUUUACUGCUUUCAAUUGUUGAUUGUGCAAAUAAAGUCAGUGCAAACAAGUGCCUUCGAACGUGGAAGAAUUUUUAAAGUGUUGUGAUUGGUGAAAACUGAAUGGACAGUAUGACGAUUUCAGCGAUUCCCCCGGCGGAACCGAUCUGGUGCCUGGAGCGGCGCGACUCGGGCCACCUCUUCUGGCGCCGCGAGUCCUCCAAGGUCAAGUUCCGGUACGACGUGGAGGUGCUCGAGUUCACCAAGGACCCGGGCGAGGACAGGCUGCUGAUCACCGACAGCGAGCACCGGGAAAAGACCGACCAGCACCGGCACCAGAUGUCGCAGAUGAUUGUGGUGUGUGCGACCUGCGUGGCGGCCAUCGCCGUCACCGUGGUGUUACCCUGGUUCCUGAUAGGGUCCCCGUAGAAUUAAGUGGACUGGAGUGAUUUCCGUACGCGUUUUCGUGCACAGCAGCUUACUAGGUCUUAAGGGUCACACACACACAAGCACACAUCAAUUACUUUUUUAUCUAGUUUUUUAGGAAUUCUGCAAGGAAUGAUAUUUUAAACCCUAAGCUUUGUUGAAUGUCUUAAGCUUUAGCCGUUGUACA